AUGAACGAGAACUCGGCGAUCUGUGAACAAGUCCCUUCCGAGCAAAGCUCGGCGACAGAAAAGGAGUCAACCAGAUGGGUCGAGAUUUUCGAAGCACGGAAUCAGUACAUCACGACCUACUACAGUGUGUGCUGGGUACUUGUCAAGAACCCCGGCGACGUUUUGAAUGCAACGAAUUCAAGCGAAUACAUCAGCUGGUACAUAUUCUCCUUGCCGACAGUAAUCACACAAGGAAGCAUCGAAUUGAAGCAAUUUCUCGAUUGGCCCAGAAUUCUCGUUUUGGAAAGGAUUCGUGCAAGUGGAACAGAGUGGAAGAACGGGUAUUCUGAUCUGGGAGUAUCGAUUUACGAAGAAGACGCCAUGUUUCUGGAUUUGGUCGAGACCAUGGUUCCCACAACGAUGCAGUCAGCGCUCUUCACUUUCAUCUCGAUGUUUGUCGUCGCCUGUUCUUGUCAUAUCUAA